GGUCGGGGGAGGGGAGCCGGCCGAGCCGCAGCGCAGAGCCGGGUAGGGCCGCGGCCACCGGAAGAGUCGCAGUCUCCAGCGGAGCCGGGAGAGUGGGGAGCGGAAGCGGCGGCCGCGGUGGCGGCAGGCGGCGCUGGGACCCGGGAGCGACCGGAGAACAAGGGAGCUGGCGCCGCGGCCGGCCGCCGAGCUAGGCUGAGCCGCUGGGCCGCGCCGAGGGCUGUCGCCGCCCGAGAGGCCCGGCCCGGCCGCCGGAGCAGGCCGCGCGCGGGCUGCCGGGCCCGAGGCCGGAGCCAUGGGGGAGACCAAGAUCAUCUACCACCUGGACGGGCAGGAGACGCCGUACCUGGUGAAACUGCCCCUGCCCGCCGAGCGCGUCACCUUGGCGGACUUUAAGGGCGUUCUGCAGCGACCCAGCUAUAAGUUCUUCUUCAAGUCUAUGGACGACGAUUUCGGAGUGGUGAAGGAGGAGAUCUCCGACGACAAUGCCAAGCUGCCCUGCUUCAAUGGCCGGGUGGUGUCUUGGUUGGUGUCUGCUGAGGGCUCACACCCAGAGCCAGCUCCCUUCUGUGCUGACAACCCAUCAGAACUGCCACCGCCCAUGGAGCGCACGGGAGGCAUUGGGGACUCCCGGCCCCCAUCCUUCCACCCUCAUGCUGGUGGAGGCAGCCAGGAGAACCUGGACAAUGACACAGAGACAGACUCCUUGGUGUCUGCCCAGCGCGAGCGGCCACGCAGGAGGGAUGGCCCAGAGCACACAACCCGGCUAAAUGGAACUGCAAAGGGGGAACGGCGGCGAGAGCCAGGGGGUUAUGAUAGCUCAUCCACCCUUAUGAGCAGCGAGUUAGAGACCACCAGCUUCUUUGAUUCGGAUGAGGAUGACUCCACCAGCAGGUUCAGCAGCUCCACAGAGCAGAGCAGCGCCUCACGCCUGAUGAGAAGACAUAAGCGGCGGCGGAGGAAGCAGAAGGUUUCGCGGAUUGAGCGGUCCUCGUCCUUCAGCAGCAUCACGGACUCCACCAUGUCACUCAACAUCAUCACAGUCACUCUCAACAUGGAAAAGUACAACUUUCUGGGCAUCUCCAUUGUGGGCCAAAGCAAUGAGCGUGGUGAUGGAGGCAUCUACAUCGGCUCUAUCAUGAAGGGGGGUGCUGUGGCUGCAGAUGGACGCAUCGAGCCAGGAGAUAUGCUGUUACAGGUAAACGAGAUCAACUUUGAGAACAUGAGUAAUGACGACGCAGUCCGGGUACUGCGGGAGAUUGUGCACAAACCGGGGCCCAUCACCCUGACUGUAGCCAAGUGCUGGGACCCAAGUCCACGUGGUUGCUUCACACUGCCCAGGAGCGAGCCCAUCCGGCCCAUUGACCCUGCAGCCUGGGUCUCCCACACUGCAGCCAUGACCGGCACCUUCCCUGCCUAUGGCAUGAGCCCCUCCCUGAGCACCAUCACCUCCACCAGCUCCUCCAUCACCAGCUCCAUCCCUGACACAGAGCGCCUAGACGACUUCCACCUGUCCAUCCACAGUGACAUGGCCGCCAUUGUCAAAGCCAUGGCCUCCCCUGAAUCUGGGCUGGAGGUCCGAGACCGCAUGUGGCUCAAGAUUACCAUCCCCAACGCUUUCAUCGGCUCGGAUGUGGUGGACUGGCUAUACCACAACGUGGAAGGCUUCACUGACCGGAGAGAGGCCCGCAAGUAUGCCAGCAACCUGCUGAAAGCCGGCUUCAUCCGCCACACUGUCAACAAGAUCACCUUCUCUGAGCAGUGCUACUACAUCUUCGGUGACCUCUGUGGCAACAUGGCCAACUUGUCCCUCCAUGAUCACGACGGUUCCAGUGGCGCCUCUGACCAGGACACGCUGGCCCCUUUGCCGCACCCAGGGGCCGCCCCUUGGCCCAUGGCUUUCCCUUACCAGUACCCACCGCCCCCACACCCCUACAACCCGCACCCAGGCUUCCCAGAGCUGGGGUACAGCUAUGGUGGGGGCAGCGCCAGCAGUCAGCACAGUGAAGGCAGCCGGAGCAGUGGCUCCAACCGGAGCGGCAGUGACCGGCGGAAGGAGAAGGACCCGAAGGCGGGGGACUCCAAGUCGGGCGGCAGCGGCAGCGAGUCGGACCACACAACCCGCAGCAGCCUGCGGGGGCCGCGGGAAAGGGCGCCCAGCGAGCGCUCGGGGCCUGCCGCCAGCGAGCAUAGCCACCGCAGCCACCACUCCAUGGCCGGCAGCCUGCGCAGCCACCACACGCACCCGAGCUACGGCCCCCCUGGCGUGCCCCCUCUCUACGGUCCCCCCAUGCUGAUGAUGCCCCCACCGCCCGCGGCCAUGGGGCCCCCGGGAGCCCCCCCGGGCCGCGACCUGGCCUCUGUGCCCCCCGAACUGACAGCCAGCAGACAGUCCUUCCGCAUGGCCAUGGGAAACCCCAGUGAGUUCUUUGUGGAUGUGAUGUGAACAGGGCCCCUCCCCCACUUGCAUCCCACUCCCGCACCCGGGCGGCUGCGUCCCUCUCUCCGUCCGUCCGUCUUUUUUACUUUGUCUGGUACCUGAAAGGGAAAUAAAUUGAACUAAAUUCAGGCGCGCUAACUGCUCGCUGGGCGCAGCAAGGGCGGGGUGCACCCACCGAUCGCCACUGCGGCCCCUAACCUGCCACCGGCCCCAGCUUGCCCCUCUGUCCACUAACCGCUGAGGGCCUUCCCAGGAUCCUUCAUGUUACUGGGACCCGACUUGCUGGUGCUGCGCCUUAUUCCCCACACACACUUCAGGAGUUGAACCCAGCGGUGCCCUUGAGGGCCUGCUCACCCCUUUAUCCCCACCUUCCCGCCCCCCGCCACCGGCACCCCCGCAGCAACCUUGCACCGUUCAUUCCAGCUACAUCAGCCCUCCAUUAACCGCAUCCCCUUGAGCAUGUGUGCCAAUCUCUUAACUUUUCCCCCACAGUACUGACACCAAAAAAUACUUGCUUCAGCUGCCCCUCUUCCUGACUGUCCCCGCCCCGCAGUGGUGGGGGGCUGCCUCAGUCCUGCACCCUAGAGCUGUAGUCACUUCCAAUAACCAUCUAAGCUAUCUCAGCCUGUGCCUGCCUUUACUAGAAGCCCGAAGGGCCCCCUCAGUUGCCUGAGCUGCUAGUGGCUUCCAGGAAGCAUAUCUGCUCUACCCCUACAUCUGUACUCCCAUGCCUGUCCUGUGUGCUGGUUCCUUCAGACCUCUAACUCUACUAACCACUAGGCUCAUCUCACCUCUGGGCCUGAAACAUUUCUUUUCUUUCUUUUUUCUUCCCUCAAUUUUUCCUGGGCCUGGAGCAGCCAAGAAUUACGGGCUGUUUGACUUUCUGUGAGCCCCCAGCAAGGGGAGGCCCAGCCUCCGAGGAGACCAGGAACUCUGCUUCAGCAGCCCCUCAGGGCUUCCCAAGGAUGUUCAGCUCCCACACCCCCACUUCAACAUGUUGAGUCACUAGGCUUUUGGGGGGGGCUCCAGCCUCUCACCCAUGUAUGAGACUCUGUUCCCCUUUCCAGAGAGUGCCCCAUCCUUAUGUCUCCUCUCUCUCUGUUUCUCUCUCUCUCUCUCUCUCACACACACACACACACCACACACACACAUACCUAUGCAAGUUCACUUAAGCCUCAGGGCUGGUCCCUACCCAGAGGGCUGGAUCUUCUCUCCCAGGUUGUAGGGCUGGUUCCCUGACUUCCCUCUCCCCUUCCUUAUAGCCCUCAAGCCUCCCACACAUGUCCCCAUCAUCUUCCUACUGGAUAAAGCUCAUAAGCUGGGUGUCAGUUUAGGCUCAGCAGAGGACUCCCCAAGCAACUGGCAGGUUGUUCUCACCCUGCCUCUUACCCCACACACCCUUCCCUGAUUGCAUAAUUACCAGGAUGCCCCAGAGAAAGGUUGGGCAGGGGGACUUCUGGGACUCCUACUAAAGUGCCAGGUUUUAUUUUUUUACCUUAUUCUCCAGUUUAAGCAAAUCAUGACGUUCUCUUUAAACCUCUUCUAUAAAUUCUCCUGGCUUACCUAGGUGUCCAUAUUUUUAGGACUGGGGUGUCAAGAUUAAGUCUUAAGCUCCAGGCUUUGGGGCAAACCAGGGUAGGGACAUUUUGGCGUUCAUUCAUUUAACCAAGACUUCCUGGGGUUUUUGGUGACCAAGGGCUGUGUUGGAAGCAUGACUGUCUUGCCUACCUUCUAGGAGCUCUAGGUUUGCUCCCAACCCAGGCCAUGGCUUUCUCUAGCCACCACUACAGAGCUGCCUCCUACACUUUUCCUUUCCUGACUCUGCCAUGUUCAACUCCCUUGAGAAUUCCUCCACUAUUGCUCAUGCCUUCAGUGUUGGUGCUCCCAGUGUUCCAUCUUUGGUUCACUUCUCUUUCCUCUAUGUUUACUCCUCAAAUGAUGUCAUCUAUCCUGAUGUCCUCAAUUGACACUGAUAUGCUGGUGAUUCUAAAACACAUAUCUUCAGCCACAAUUUCCCUCCAAAUUUUAGAUCUGUAUUACCACCCACUGGACAUCACCAUGGACAUACCCAUAUGGACUCAACUCAUUUCCCGCAUCAAGUGUGUUCCUCCUGAAUUCCAAUCUUGGUUAUUUUUAUCACACUCUACAUAGGCACACCAGCUAGUAACAUUUAUGGGCUUAAAUUCCUCCCCAUAUCUUACUAGUCAUUAUAUCAUAUCCAUUCCACUCCAACGAUCUUUCUUGAAUAUGGUCCUUUCUCUCCCCCUGCCUCUACUCUAACUCACAGGAGCAUGGGAUUUGGAGCCAGGUUGUUCUGGGUUUGAAUCCCAGCUCUACUACUUUUUGGUUUCGUGAUAAGAGAGUUAUUUAAUCUCUCUGAGCCUCAGUUCCCUUAUAUGUAAAAUGACGAUAAUAAUACCUACCUCACAGGGUUGUUGUGAGGAUUUAAAUUAGAUAAUGUACGAAAAGUGCCUAGCACAGUGCCUGGCACACAGUAGAAUAGGUGCUUAAUAAAUGGUAGCUAUU